GAGGAAGGUGUACAGCAAAUGCCCUGAAUGGCCCCUAUUCCACUCCAGGCUCUGGGUCUCAGUCUCACCAUCUGCCAAGUGAGCGAGGAGAGACUAGCUUUCUAGGGCCCAUUCCAACUGUCCUGUUUCAUCCUUGUUGUGUUCUUCUAUGAGAUGAGCAUUCUUCAAUGGGAAAACUCCAUGUGUCAUGAGGUUUGGAGUGAGAAUUUAUUUAUACAAUUCUACCUUAAAAAAAAAAAACUUUCCUUUUAUCACCCACUAAACUCUCCUUAGCAAUAAAGUAGUCUUAUGACUCUUGAUCAUUUGGUGUAUCCAGGACAAUUUUAUUUCAUUAAUACAUGACCCUCCAUUGCUGCCCCCACACGUAACCAUCUUGUUCCUGCAAAGAAAGGUGACUUUGAGAAGCCACUCAGAAGAUGUGUUAGGUCUUGGAGCUAGGAGAGGACUUACUAUGUGUUUUUGGCUUAAACAUAUGAAAAUAAGGCAGCACAUGGUGAACAAAAAUAGAGUGAAAUAUAUGUGUAAUUAUGUCCAAGAUAAAGACACAUGUAUAUAAGACUACUCCCCUCAAAUAGAAGUGAAAGGUUUGAGAAGUGAGAAGGAUGGCUUCCCAGUAGCAGGAGCAGCGGCUGUGUCAGCAGCAGGGGAGGGAGAAUGCAGAGUCGGGAGACCUGGGCCUGGCUGAGCCCCACAACCCAGCGCCUCAGUGUCCAUUCUCCCAGGAAAGAUCUGAUGAGCUGCUGAUAUUUCUCUUAAAAGAAUCAAUGCACCUUUGUUUCUUUCUGCCUUCUCUUUUGACCUUAUUUCGUUCUGAAACGGAGAACGAGGAAAGACAGAACUGAACUGGUAGGGUGGGAAAGGGGGUAGGCAGAAGGCACAGAGGAGGUGCCAGUCCAGCCGUGGAGCCCACAGACAAGAUCAAAGGCCCCCAGUCGGCACCUGGGAUGGUAUUGUUUGCUUGCUAUGUAUUUGUUCCUGCUUCUCAUUUCCAUUCUCGCCCUGAUGUAAUAAGUCACCGUCUUCCCAGCCAUCAUCCGCGUAUUGACAAGCAAAUGUCACCCACGUUUGAUUGACAUCCAUUGCUCCUGAAUGCAAAAGUAUGAUUUACGAAUCAAUUCUCCUUGUUUAUUUAAAGCCGUUCUCAUGUGUCUUAUGUAUUUGUUGGUGGGAUCACUUGCCUAAUACAACUCUGGGAGACUUCCAUUAACAUUAUAAAUCCAGGCUGUUGCUUCCCCUGCUCUGUCACUGCCAAUGGGGCCUCUUCUUUUUCACAGUUUGCCAAUUUCCCCCCUCUCCCCAUAACGUACACGCAGGAAAUGUGCUUUGGAGCUUACAGGACUCUUCCCGUAUCUUAGGAAAAAGACCUUGCCCAGUACUUUUGUGAACGCUGCUUGCUUUAUUCGAAGACUUUUGAGGGCAUCUUGACAAGGAAUUAUUUUUCAUGCGUGAGAAAUACCUGUAAGUAGAUGCAACUUAGGUCCAAUGGCUGAAUCUCCUAAAAGGUUACUAGAAUUGUAAGCCUGUGAAUAGAGUAAGUAGGUAUAAACUCACCAUUUGCAGCGUUUGUAGAAAGAACCACCCCUACCCCGCCUUUGUGCGGUGGGCAGGUUCAUUUAAAAUCUUUGAGAACCAUCCUUUGCCUUUUCAACACACCUUACUGUUCUCUGGGUAACAUCUUAUUUCAUUUUGGAAGGCUAGAGAGGAAAACCAUAAGGUUAAAAAAAUCACAUCUACCAUCUGGAAAAUUCUAAAGGGCCCUCCUUAUGUUAAAAGUGGCAUUUUGAAAAAAAUAAAACAAAACACCACACCUGAAACGCUGAUUGUGGGUGAGCCAUUAGAGAAAUAUUGUCAGUCCAACCACCCUCCUUUCAACCUUCAACUCCACCCUCCAACUGGGGCUGCAGGCAGUGGGGAAGUGGGGGACUUAGGUGUGACUCUUGAGUUCUGAAGGCCACCGCACAUCUGUCUCCCCCCCCUCCCCUCCCCAUAUGUCCAGCGAGAGCGCUGCCAUCGCCUGGGUUCAGCAAGGGAGUGUUCGGGAUCUCACUGUUCAUCCAUGUGCAGAGAGGGGGAAAAAAGAGAGGCCGAGAAAAAAAAAAAUCCCACAUUGUCAGAGUAAUGCCAAACUCUCUUUGAGUGGGAUGAGCAGAGCAGAUGCCGCAAUGAGAUGCCAAAGCGGCUCCCCUUCCUCUGCGCCUUGGGUGCCUAUAAAUUGCUCCGGCGCGCGUUUGUCAGCCUCCUCUUCUCCUGGCAGGUGGUACCCAGGCAGAAUUCUGCGUUCAGUCUCUCUCUCGCUCCGCUCCCGGCCGUGAGGCGCUCGCCGCUGCUCGCCAGCUCCGCCGCUCCAGCCCGGAGCCUCGCCGAGCCGCCCGUGCCCAGAGCCGCCGCUCCGCGCACCCGGGGGGCGCCUGGCCCGAGCUCGCGCGGCCGGCGCGAGGUUUUGGGGGUGCGCAUCUAUUAGAGUCCUGGUGGUUGCUAAGGAGGGAAAGAGGGGGGAAAAAGGCACAAGGGCGAUCCCAGCGAGCGAAAGAAGAGGAGGCAGAAAAAGGCAACUUCAGACGGAAAGUUGGUGCGAACUGGCGCAGUCGGCAAAAACGGAAAAGUCGAUCGCAGGCGGCGGCGGCGGCGGCGACAUAAAAGUGUGAGCGGCCCUGGGCGAGCGCGAGAGGCGGCGGCUGCUCUGCCCUCCGGGUGGCCGCGCCGGCGCCCGCGGCAGCCACAGGUGCGAAGGGGCUCGCGGGAGGCGAGAGGGCGCCCUGCGCUCCCCUCCCCCCGCCCCCACCCCCAGCUCGGGACUUCAGCUCAAGUCACUCGGCGUCCGAGCUCCCUCCCCAGCCGCAGCCUCAGCGGGGGGAGCGAGAGCAGGCGAGGAGCGGCCGGCGCGCGCCCGCCCAGGGGACUUGGGGUUCGCAGGGGGUUGUUUUCGGCUCUGAGGAGGUCCCCGCCCAACCUUCAAAAUUUUGUCCAAAAGCAGACAAGAGGAUCGCCCCGCGCUGAGCCGGCUGGUGGGCAGCAGGAGGCGCCUGAUCGCCGCCGGGGCGCUGGGGGUGGUGAUGGUGCUGCUGCUGGUCAUCCUCAUCCCGGUGCUGGUGAGCUCGGCCGGCACGUCGGCGCACUACGAGAUGCUGGGCACCUGCCGCAUGGUCUGCGACCCCUACGGGGGCACCAAGGCGCCCAGCACGGCCGCCACGCCCGACCGCGGCCUCAUGCAGUCCCUGCCCACCUUCAUCCAGGGCCCCAAAGGCGAGGCCGGCAGGCCGGGGAAGGCGGGCCCGCGGGGGCCCCCGGGUGAGCCCGGGCCGCCGGGCCCCGUGGGCCCCCCGGGCGAAAAGGGCGACCCCGGCCGCCAAGGCCUGCCGGGCCCGCCCGGGGCGCCCGGCCUGAACGCAGCCGGGGCCAUCAGCGCCGCCACCUACAGCACGGUGCCCAAGAUCGCCUUCUACGCCGGCCUCAAGCGGCAGCACGAAGGCUACGAGGUGCUCAAGUUCGACGACGUGGUCACCAACCUCGGUAACCACUACGAUCCCACCACGGGCAAGUUCACCUGCUCUAUCCCAGGCAUCUACUUCUUCACCUACCACGUCCUGAUGCGCGGAGGUGAUGGCACCAGCAUGUGGGCUGAUCUCUGCAAAAACAACCAGGUGCGUGCCAGUGCAAUAGCACAAGACGCUGAUCAGAAUUACGACUAUGCGAGUAACAGCGUGGUUCUCCAUUUGGAGCCGGGAGACGAAGUCUACAUCAAAUUAGAUGGCGGGAAAGCCCACGGAGGCAACAACAACAAAUACAGCACAUUUUCUGGAUUUAUUAUCUAUGCUGACUGAUCACGCAAAAACUAAGCUGAUGAUUCUGAGUUUGGACACUGGAUUCGUAUGGCUAACGUCAGUGAAUCGAGGAUCCCAGGGGAUGCCAGAUGCAGGGCACCUCAGUUGUGUAUAUGUGGGGAAUUCAAAUGCUACCUGAUUCACAUCUGUAUACUCAGAAACAUGUAAAAAAAAUAUUAAAAGCAAGAUAAGCAGAUGUGUGAUCCACUACCGCCAAAGCAAAUACUCCUUAUCGUUAGUGUCCAUGUGAAUGAAGUCCUAUAUAGAUCACAAAUUUUUAUAGAAAAAUCUAAGACACGGAAUUAUUUCUUCAAUAUCUAUGAUACUUUGGUGUACUGUGAUCUUGCCGCUUUUAUCCAUGUGUCAGCUUUGGUUCUUGUGAGUUUACUUGCUUAUUACGAUACUCGGAGUCCAUUCAUAUUGUGGGAAGAAUGAUUUUUUACCCUGCAGGAGACAGUCUAAUUGAAAUAAUGCUGCUUGUCCCCAAAGAAAUUGUUUGCCUUGUCCUCUUGUUAACUUUAGAGCUAGACCUGGGAGUGAUUCAACUUCAAGCCUUAACCUGGAAUUUUCUGGAUCUGAGGGAAUUCCCAAGCCUAUGAUCAUUUUUUCACAUUUUCUUUUUCCUAUGAAUUUUCUUUCCUCUCUUUUCUGGUGAUAGUCUUUAAAAAAAAAAAUGGAGACUGAAAUUGUAUCAUAGGAUGACCCUCUAAGUGUGAAAAUGUGUAAUUAUGUGUGGUAUUUAGAAAAUCCCCCGUGUCUGGUUUGUCAACAGAAUGUGUUUAGAUUUACUUGGAAAGUCAGAGAAGUUUAUUCUUUGGUGUUAAAUUCAGACUGAGGCUUUCGCCUUCUUUGGAACACAAGAUUAUUCAUAACCCAACGCACCUAGGUUUAAUUUGCAUGCGUCACCAAGGGGACACUAAGUAAGGCCUUCAAAUAGUUACUACAAGUCAUGGCCUGAAGUUAUUUCAAAAUGAACGAUUUCACGUAUAACCAAUAUGACAACAAAGUGUAUAUAUUUUAUACAAAUACCUGCUACAUAUAUAUGUAUGUAUAUAUGUGUUAGAUGAAAUAUAAUACAUAUAUGGCUUCAGACCAUUGACACAGUGGCUGUAGAUCCCCAAACAUUUAAUUUUUAAAAAUGUAUGUGUAUGCUCACACACAAACAUGCACAAAUCAUUUGACUUAUUUUGGAUUGAAAUAUAUUUUGGAAGAUGAAAAAUAUAGAGAGUAGCAAAAUAAUUUAAAUGGCUUCUCUUUUAAGAGUUAUCCAGAAAAUUAAAUCUUAUUAGGUUAAAAUGCCCCAUAAGUCACAUGUCUGUAAAUUAAGCCUAUGGCUUUAUCUUUAUCACGGGAUGCCAAUCAAUAUUUCUGCUGCGUCCUGUGGCCGACUGUUACUGUUCGCAAUGCAGAGACAAAGAAUAGUUGUCCUUCGCAAUGUUUGUGAAUUACCUGCAGUGGAAUUAUCAGUUUUUUUCUUUUUUCUCGGGUGAUCUGAAGCUGACUGUAAAGUAGAUUUUGAGAGUAGUGCAAAUCCUUCCUCUCUGGUUAAAGGACACUGCCAAAGCCAUCUCUUUAAGAAAAAGAUUUAAGAUUCUUAUUGAGAUAUCCUAAUUACCAGACAACUUCCCCUAUGACAAUGAAAAAUCUGUUCCAUUCUCAGUUGCCUUUGAAGACUCUUUGACAAGUAGAUUUCAAAAACAAGAGAUUUCAAAAUCUGCCUGUUUUACUGACAAAGGACAUUUGCAUUUUUUCAUUUAAAGGAAUUAGUCUUUGUUCUCCUGGCUCAUUCCUCUUGGGUACUUUCUGUUCUAAUACACAGAAAGCUUGAUCAUGUUUGAUCCACAGAACCAUUUUUUAUUUAGCAAACCUCAACUUUCCGAAAGAGUUAUGCCUGGUGUUCCCAUCUGAAGGUGCUGUUUGCUCGGUUUAAACACCUUGGUCGGAGUAACUGUCAUGAUUGAUAAAGAUUAAAAACACUUAGCCUGUUCAUCAAGAAUAAUGACUAUUUCUGUUUGGCCUUUCUACUACGUAAGAUAACAUAAGGGAGUUGCAAUGGAUUUUACUUCCAUUUAACUAUAUAUUUGUCGAAAAGGAAUUAGCAACAAGGGUUUGAGGUUUUGGGUUGUUUUUUUUUUAGGUGAUAAAUAGCAUAGUGAAAGAUUCCACCAAAAGAUUAGUUUAUAAACAGCAGUGCACAUCAACUAAGAGUUUUAACUAAGAGUUUCACAAAAGGCUUUAUUUACAGAAAACAUCAGGGCUGGAUACCUUUUAAAGAGUCGGCUCUGGAAUCAGACUGUCAUUUCUAAUAGAUCUGACCUUUUCUUCAGAUAAAUAAGCAUUAUUUUCUCUGUUUAGGCCCAAGGAAAAACAAAAGGUAAAGGACAUAAAGGGAAUAUAUAUAUAAGGCAAACAUUUCUCUUUUUUUUUUGCAUUAUAUAUUAUUAAUUAAAUUGUGGCCUUUGUUAUUAUAAAUGUAAUGAUUCAUUAAACUAUAUUAUGU